AUGCGCUGCCCACCCAACCUCCAUCUCCUCGGCCAUCCCAGGGUCGGCUAUCCCUGGGCCUCUUCCCAGUUCUCCCUGUGGGGCUACCAGGCUCCGGCAGGUCUGCUGGUGACGGAGGAGCUGGCAGAGUAUCCAUCGUGUGUACCUGGGAGCUUAGAGGAUCCAAAAAGCAUAACUCAUCAUAAAUUGAUCCAUGCUACUUCAGAGAAGGUGCUGACAGAUACAAAAACAGUUUUGGAGGAAAACAUUCAAGAUAAAGAUGUCUUGCUGUUGGUAAAGAAGCGAGCUCCCCCUCCCCCUCCUAAAAUGGCAGACGUGUCAGCAGAGGAAAAAAGGAAGCAAGAACAGAAAGCUCCAGAUAAGGAUGCUAUUCUCAAAGCUACAGCGAAUCUGCCCUCUCGCAAUGCAGAUCGCACUGUGGCCCACCACAACAUGAGAGAUUUCCAGACAGAACUCCGGAAGAUCUUAGUUUCACUUAUUGAAGUUGCGCAGAAAUUGCUUGCACUGAACCCAGAUGCAGUUGAACUAUUUAAGAAGGCAAAUGCUAUGUUGGAUGAGGACGAGGAAGACCGAGUGGAUGAAAUAGCCCUGCGACAGCUUACAGAAAUGGGGUUUCCAGAGAGCCGAGCUGUCAAAGCCCUUCGGUUAAACCAUAUGUCAGUGACGCAGGCCAUGGAGUGGUUGAUAGAACAUGCAGAUGACCCCACAGUUGAUGCACCACUUCCAGGUCAAAGCUCAUUAGAAGCUGCCUCUGAUGCGGGUGCCUCCUCUGCUGAGGCAAUUGCUGGUCCUAGUUUGGAAGCUGGUGGUGAAGAGCCCAAGGAUGAGCUGACAGAAAUAUUCAAGAAGAUCCGCAGGAAAAGAGAAUUUCGUCCUGAUCCACGAGCUGUCAUUGCCUUGAUGGAGAUGGGCUUUGAUGAAAAAGAAGUGAUAGAUGCACUCAGAGUAAACAACAACCAGCAAAAUGCAGCAUGUGAGUGGCUGCUGGGAGACAGAAAGCCAUCUCCAGAAGAUUUAGAUAAGGGGAUUGACACCGCUAGCCCUCUCUUUCAAGCCAUCCUAGAAAACCCAGUGGUACAAUUAGGGCUGACAAACCCUAAAACGCUGUUAGCCUUUGAAGAUAUGCUUGAAAACCCCUUAAACAGCACUCAGUGGAUGAACGAUCCAGAGACGGGACCUGUCAUGCUACAAAGCAAGUCAUGA